AUGCCAUAUCCUCAGCACCAAAUUGGAACCCUGCCUGAGCAAUCCGAUCCUAAACACCUCGCUUUCUCGGUAGAUCGCUCAACUACUGUCCAUACAGUCUUCACUAUGAUCCAGCUUGACGGCUCAUGCGAGUCGAAGGUCGAUGCGAGUCCAAUGACACCAAAUCGCACAAGCACGAAACUAUCUCGUAAAGACACGUCAGACAGGCCGAGCACGCGCAAACGCCUGUCCAACUUCUUCACAUCGAGACGGCGCACGAGCACAAACCUAAGCAACCUCAAGGCGACCGAUAAUGCGGACGUGUACAACAGCAGUCCACUGCGCGUCCUCUCACCGCGCGCCACAGAUCUCGAGCCCGAGAUUUCAACGGCAGAGAAACCCAAACGCCGCUCAUUCACGUUCAAAUCUCGACAAAGCACAAGGAAAUCAACAGCGCCUGCUUCGGCAACAGAAUCCGCGCAGUUGACGCUCAGUGAGGCGCUGAAUGAGGGCGGUCACAUACCUGUUACAGAUGCGCCGUGUCUGCCUAGGGACAGCAUGGUCAUGGGCGGCGUUGGCCUGCCCGCUUCAGCUGUACAUAGAGGCAGUGUUGCUGGGCUGCCAGUACGCAGGGACAGCGUAGCUAUGGGUAGCGCUGGGAUGCCGGGGUCGCCGAUGAAAGAAGCUGCGCUGACGAGCCAUCCCGUGAUCCUGGUGUCUAGCGAAUCGAGCGAUGAGUUCACGACGCCGACGAGUGGGCGGAGUGUUGAUUUGGGGAAGACCUGA